UGGAAGCUAGCAAGAGUGCUACCUGUCCUAGCGCGUCAUUUUGAGAUUUAGGAAAAAAUUCUUUAAUGAAUUUUUACAUUUUCCAGUUUGUAUUGUGCUUAACGCCAGCUUUAGAUUUAAACUAAGCUUGAGCUAAAAGACGUGCACAUAUUUUAUUCGAAUUUUCUAGUGUGGUUUUGUUGAGCAGUGCUCAGCACUGCGGUAGCUGUAGCUUGUUGUUAGCUUGUUGUUAGCUGCGGGCAGAUUUGCUGCAGAUAGCUCCUCUUGUUCACAGUCAUUGUUCACAGGCGGAAAAGUUGUAUCGGAAAGAACUGAAAAGAUCAUGCAGCUUUACUACGGAACUAAUUAUGUACUGCGAAUAUUUAGUGUUUUAAAUUAUGCGUUCAGUUCAUUAUAAAUGAAUCAGCGACGCUGUGCCAGUAGCAAAGUAUUUAGAGUUAAAGUCACCCGAAUGCAUGUUAUCUUGAAUUUCUUUAUUUGUUGUGUCGUAAAAAGUGUAUUUACCACGUGCGUGGUAUAGUAAGUAUUCAUUAUCAAAGAGGCUACUAUUUGUUUAAGUUAACAAUCAUGGAUAAAAAGUCAUUUGACAUUGUCUUGGAUGAGAUAAGAAAGUGCGUCCUUACCGAUCAGCGCAUCAAAGCUAUAGAACAGGUGCAUGGAUAUUUCUCCAGUGAGCAGGUGAUAGAGAUACUGAAGUACUUCUCAUGGGCAGAACCUCAGGUCAAAGCAGUUAAAGCUCUGCAGCAUAAAAUGGUUGCAAUUCCUACAACCAAAGUUGCAAAUAUCCUGAAUUGCUUCACCUUCUCAAAGGACAGACUGAUUGUUCUGGAACUGAUAGCUUUGAACAUUUCAGAUGCUCAAAACUACCGUCCUGUGGAGGAUCUGUUUCGCAUACACUUGUCUGAGAAGAAGCGAGCACGCAGAAUACUAGAGCAAGUGUGUAAAGUUGGCUGCAAGGCUCCUGUAGCCAUGAUCUCCUCCUGUGGUAUGAUACCAGGGAAUCCAUACCCUAAAGGCAGACCUAGCCUGGUCAAUGGCACAUUUCCUGGAAUCCCUCCAGUAAAAAAAGAAGGAGAGAAGAAAGAUGAUACCUCUAACAGUAUGGAGGGGAAAGGAAUUGCUUCCCGGAUUAUUGGACCAUUCAAACCUUUUCCUUCAACCUACAAUCCUCAUCGGCCUGUUCCCUAUCCUAUACCACCGUGCCGACCCCAUGCUACGAUCGCACCAAGUGCUUACAACAACGCAGGCCUUGUUUCUGUGGGAGGGGUUAUAACUGCCAACGUUCCCCCUCCCCCCUACAACUCCACCCACAAAGUAGCAGGUUAUGCCAAACCAGGCAAUCCGCAGAACACCACACCUGGAAUCAACAGCGGGCCCCUUCUUAUUCCUCAUGGGUCCACGCCUUCUACCCCUGUCCCACCCCAGGCUUCUCCCGCUCAGCCGCCUCCCACGACUCCUAUCACGCCAGUUUUCCCUGGCAUGGUGCCCUCUCACAACCCUAAUGCCCCUUCUCCCUCCCCUGCUCCAUCCCCAUCUGUCAUCAAAGCAGGACCACAGACCCCCAGUGGUCAUGCUACACCUACACCCUCAUCUGUCAUUAAAGCCCACACACCUUCAGGCACCCCCUGUGGAACUCCUAUCCCCGGCAGUGGGGGCUUCACCUCUUCCCCCUUUCAUGCAGUUUCUCGACCAGGCACCCCUGCUACCUCUCGCGGCGGCCCAGACCCCCUGUCUCAGACGAACUCCAUGGGCUCAACUCAGCAGAAAGUUUUUUCCCAGUCCACAGAACACCAGUCAGGACCCACCUUCCCUGGCAUGCACCCACAAGCAGGUAACCCUUCUGGGUCAGUGAUAAGAAGUUACACCCCCUCUGGACCACAAUCUCUCACUCCAGGAUCAUCCACUCCAGUAAUUCCAAGCUGUUCCACCCCAGGCCCCAGUCCCAAACCCUCUACAGCUCAUUCUGCACAAGCUCAGGCUGCCAUUGCUGCAGCGGGAGUCCUGAACAGACACACUGGGGGUAGCAGCAGUGGCAGCAACAGCCCUGUGCCCUCUGCUUUCAAGGGCACCUCUCGUUCUGGCACACCAUCUGUUAGCUCUCUGGUGGUCCCAGGUUCUGCGCAGGCUGCUUUGGCACGUUCCUUGGGUCUGUCACACCCCUCAGGUUCCCCUCAAGUCUCACUCCCUAGCCCUGUUCCUAUCACUGGCCUCCAGGCUCUGUCCUCCAGCCCAGGUCCCUCACAUUAUCCUGGCCUGUCUCCUUUCCCUGCCCUCUCUUCUUCUCUACCUCCAUCCUCCAUCCCUUCAUCUAUGUCCGCAAUUCCUCCCACUACCAACCAAAUUUCUAACCACCCACCAACCUCCAUCUACCCAGGCUUGGCUACCAACAGUGCCCCCAGUGCAGCCUCCCCUUUUGGUCUCGGCCUCACUUCUGCCCCUUCUAUAUUCCCAGGCCUUCCGCCUGGCCCUAGCCCCGCUGCCUUCCCAGGACUGGGCGUGUCAGGGGGGCACGGGGCUGGGAGCCCUGUGUUGUCUUCAUUCAUGGGACUGCCAGGUGCAACUCCAUCUUCAGUAGCAUCGGUGGCACCUCUGCAGGCAGCAGCAGCGGCUGCAGCAGCAGCAGCUGGGGUUCCAUCAUCAUCUCCCGUUUUACCAGGCUUUGCAUCUGCCUUCAGCUCCAAUUUCCAGCCUGGGUUGAGUGGUGGACUCCAGCCUCCAGGAAGCAGCGGGUUCCCCAGCUUGCUGUCCUUCCCUGGGGUACCAGGAUUCUCUCCCUCUGCCUCCCCUGCUGCCCUCGGUGGCCUCCACAACCCAACCAUGCAGUCUGCCCUGCUGCAGGCACAUCCUACAUCUGCUUUGGAGAGCUUUCCUCCUCAGCCCAACAGUUUCACCAACUACCCUCCAGGCCCAGGAAACCCUUUUCCCCUGCAACCAGGCCUGCACCCGCAGUUGGGUUGGCAGUGAAACCAACAGUUUGCUUUGAAACAUUGAGUAGACUUACAUGCUGACCCCAAUCAUACACCACGCCCUUGUUUAAGUUUUGGCCUUGUACCCUGCAGAGCACAUGACAGCAGAUAGUGUGUCAGUGCUGUGUAUGUUACAGUCAGAAUGAUUUACUACAGUGAGCAACACUACCAUGGAAUCAUUUGAAAUAGUGUGCGUGGGGGGAGAUGGCAUAUUUGUUUACAUUAUUCAUAGUGAACAGUUGUAAAUAUCAGUUGUCAAAGUUGUUUUAGGUUUUGAAAAUAGACUGUGACUGGUUUUAAUGUUAGCUGGACUUGGCUGUUUUUAAUGAAGAUUAUCAACAUUUAUUAGUGAAUAAUGAAUUAUAGAAAAACUGAAAAAUGUACAUGAUAUCAUGUAAUAACUUGGCAGUAUCAUCAUGUAGUAUUUCAUGUCCAAUCUCAAUAGAAAGAACAUAAUUAUGAUACUGAUUAAGUAUCCUGAAUUGAAUAUUGUAUUAUGACAUUAGCUUUUUUUUUGCUGACUUAUGGUAUAUUGAAUCGCAUUUUGAAGUGGGUGUACCAUGAAUAUAUUUGAAAUUCUUUUUCUGGGAGUGUUGUGUACAAAACCUGCAAUUGGCAGCUCCACUUACGUUUGUGUUAUCUUCAGUGAACACUCACUUGUGGCUGUCAGCAGUUUACUGUGAUUCACAUUUUGUAUGUUUACAACGUUCUUUUGACAGAUGUGACAGUACUGUAGUUACAGUAUUUGACCAGACACACUGUAUGCAGAUAUUUCUGAGAACAACUUAAAGCCUUUGUUGAUUAAUAUGUGGACUUGAGAUGUGUUACAACUGUAUUCUUGAGCACUGCUUUGCAACAUAGUGAAAACUGUAAUUUCUCUUCAUUUACUGUACACCUCAGUUAGUACUCUAAACUACAGGGGUUCUUUCAGAGACAGUUACAUUAUUGUUUGAGAGUAAUAGACAUUUUGUUUGUUACACUGUUGUUGGUUUUGUUUUGUAUUUGCACCUGUUUUAUUAUUUUGUCAGUAAACUGCUGGUUGCUGUAGCUGUUGCUCUCUCUGUGUUCAGUGCUGUAGUUAAGAGGCAGGCCUUAUGACCGUUUUAUAUGACUAUUCACAAAAUGUGCCCAUAUCAAAAGAGGUGGAGGAGUCUGAAAAAUUGCAAGUGCUUUGGUUGGAAAAAAAAAGCAUUUUAAUAUGGUAAAAGGACAUCCUCAUGGACAAACAGUAUAAUGGACAUAACAAUGUACAUACCUACCUUAUUGCAAAGAAAAGGUUAAUCUUGCAGGUUUGUGGUCAAAGACUCAACAAGUUGCUAUUUAUUACAGAACAGAACAGAUAAUUUAGUCUGUAUUGAAGGCUGACGUCACUGUACAUCUUAAUUGAUAUAGAGUAUAUAACAAGACUGAGUACACCACUGUGCAGUAUCACUGAGUCAAAAUUGUACCAUGUAACAACAUUGAAGCUGAAGUAUAGGGUGUUUGAUCUUGUGUUCUAUAAAAAAAAAACAGGUCAGACAGACUACAAUGAAAAUUUGGACCUCAAAGUACAAACUCACUCCAACAAAAGUCAGUUUAUGUGUGUUCACUGCAACAAAGUCAGUCUCAGCCUUACUCAUAAAACAACACAAAACUGGAAGAUUAAACUUCAAACCAAUCAAGAACACACAGUUUGACCAAUCAACUCUCUGAAGACUGAGAUC